AUGAUUCCAUCGGAGCAGGACGACGAACUGCUCUCAGGAGCGGUUCCACAGGUGGAGGAUUGGCUGCUGGCGUGGGUUGAGUCGCAAGCGUCCUUUCGGCAAGCUGCUCAAGCUCUCACUGCAAGCCGAUGGCUGGCAAGUGCGCGGAGGCCCGAAGUGAAGGCCAAGGCCAUGCAGAAUAUGCUUCAAACCAUGGCUGAAGCCGUUCGUCUUCGCCAUCGCGAAUGCCUUCGCAAGGCCUGCUGCGUGAGCCUGAUGCUGGACGACAAGAAACAUUGGCGCCUGAUUCGGUUCAAAUGCAGCUUCCGCAAGGAGGACGGCAAGGUUGGAACGCAACGUGGGGUUCUUUGGGUCGAGAACAUGGCCUCUGUCGAGCUGGACAUCGAACGCUUGCAGGACGACUAUGGCGAGCGAGUCUGCAGAAGUGUGAAGCGCUGCCUGGAGAAGUUUUGUGGUGAAGACAGGGAGCUGCUGCGCCACAUUAUUGAGCACACCCAUUCCAUGUUCGGGGACGGAGCGCUUCAGAAAAGCUUGUCCAUGUUGAGAGUGGGUCUUCCUCACCUUCAUCUGGUUGCCAAAGACACUGCGCACACCAUAAGGAUUGCAACUGGAGAUCCUGUGAAGCGCGAUGCUCUGUUGGGCGAGCAGUGGGAGCAAUUGAUGGCCGCAGGCGGUUUGGUUCAUACUGUUCUUUCCUCAGCAAAGCUGCAGCAUGCAUUGAUGGCAUGCCAAAAGCAUCUCAGGACCCCAAAUGGCAUGCAAACCAUUUUGCGGCAGAUUGGACACUCCGAUGUGCGUUACGAGAGUGCUGCAGCUGCACACAGGCAGUACACGAAUCUGCAAAGCGCCAUUGCCUUGCUUUUAGCCUUACGGUCGCAAGACCCUCGGCUGAAAAAGGAAGACCGCUCACAGGCAGUGGCCUGGCUCGAAGCCAUGGGCCCGGCAAGCGCUGUUCAGGCCGGCCUGCUCGACGAUUGGUCCGCGGAGGCGCUCAAGUUGGUGCGAGUGAACGAUGUUUCAGAUGCCGACCCGUCUUUGCUGAGAAGGCAUCUCGAUGCGUAUUUAGAUCGCCUCCAUGUUCUGUUUGACCAAGGCAGAAUAUUGCUCGAUGCCGAGAACAACAUGGAAACCAACAUCGCUAGAUCGAUCAGCAACGCCCGAGAGGCGCCGCCAAUUUAUUACGGCCACAAAAUAAAAUACCUUUGGCAGGAGGAUGUUGGCGCUGAAGAGGCCGUCCUUGCCCUACACCACAUGCGAGAAGCAGCUCGAGCGACAAAGGCCAGGUUGGCAGCCGAAUAUGACGAGUCCUUGCUGUGCGACUUCGAAGCCUUCGACCUCAAACGCUGGCACUGGUGCCUUCGCCGCGCAACCGAGAGUCAACGGCUUGGCGUUGUGAAUCUUACCCGCCGAUACAAAAAGCUGUGCAAGGCCUUUCGCCUUCCUGUUCACUUGGCGGAGCAAGAAUGCUCAAACGAGAUCGUUAGUGCUGCUCAGCAUUUGGUCAGAAGCAACCCCGCAGCCUUCCAAGACGAUUUCGCCUUCGAUAAUCGGGAGCUUUGGGCUACUUUUAGCAAUACCGAGGGCGUCGGUGCCGGCUUCCGAUUCCUGCCCAGGGUUCUGGAGUGGUAUCUCUCGAUCGAGCACGUAACAAGCUCAGUGGAGCGUGGCCUUGGGGAUGUCAGGCGUGUGGCAGAUUCACAUUGCGGAAUCUCAGAGCUGCCGCUGUCGGAUCUCAGCCUCUUGCUGAUCGAUGGCCCCAGGCUCAAGGAGGACGUUGUCAACAUGGAAGAUGGAGUUGCCAAGCUCACCGAUUGGAGUCGGGAUUGGGCCACUCUGUGGGUGGCCAAGUAUGGCCGAAGGUUUUGCGCGUACACUAGGCGACAUGGUCCGGAGCCCAUUUGGGCCAAGAAAAAGAUUGAGACAGACACUUCAAUCAAAGAGUCCCAGGAUGCUGCACGCGACUCACUUUGCAACCUUCGGAACCAUGAAGCUCGACAAUCGAAGCCGAUUCUGUCGCUGCCACGUGCCUCCAUCGUUGAGCCGGUUCAAGUCAGCAAAAAGACAGCGGACUUCAACAAAACCACGGAGAGGCGACGUCUUGAGAGCCGGAAGUUCAAGGAGGAUUGCAUUCAACAGAAUGAGCCAGUGCUGCCGGACGUCCUCGAUGCCCAGCUGCUGCAGUCGACAACGACAACCUGCCGCAAGAAGUUCGACAAUUUCAGCUUGGUGAUGGACACCAGCCUGCCAACUGUCGACUUAGCAAGGGCUAUGCAAUGCAAAGCUCUGCUUGUUGUGGAGGACGUCCGAAAGGUGCACUGUGCAUCGGAGCCGGCGCUCGCCUUCGCUGUCGCCGUCGCAGGGCUCAGCAUUUGUCCUGCAAGCGCGUUUCGCGAGAACAAGCCGGCGGAGAUCAUCGAGCAUAUUCCCGCCUCUGCAAAAGACACCUCAAUCAAGAUCGCAGAGGGUGCUCUGUCACAGCCAUCACUGAAGAUUUGUACAGUUGCUGCGGACCUGAAGUUGAUUCGAUUGCUGGAGCCGACAGAGCAAGUAGGCCAUGAUACGUAUGAGAUCCGCACAUCCAAAGAUUUUACAAGGGUCGCUAUGUCAUUGCUAAACGUGCGUAGAGAGCCGGGUGUCGCAUUGCCAGGAAGGCACUUCAGCAUGAACUCAUGUGUGCCGAGCAAGAAGCAAGCAAUGCGGUCUCGGCUGCAAGCCCUUUUUCAAUGA